AUGAUCUUUAUCAUAAAGUGGGAGGUGAGGUCUUGUUGAAACCAGACAAGUCCACAGUGCCUGGCUCCAUCAUAAGCAUCCUAUGGAAGCAUGGGAAGAACAAGGUGGCAGAGUGGGAACAGGAUUUUGGUGGUCUGGAAAUCUAUGCUGCCUUCAAAGGCCGCACAGCCCUGAACCAGGCUACUGGAGAGCUGAGAAUCAGUGGAUUGACGAAAACAGACAGUGGAAUGUAUUCUGUGGAGUUCAACGACAAACAGCUUGACAAGACAUAUAAACUAUCUGUUAUCAAGGAAGUCCCCAAACCCACAAUCACUUCUUCCUGUAACACCAACAAAACCUCCUGCACUCUGACCUGUGAAGGCGACACCACUGAUGCUGAACCUGUCACCUACAGCUGGAAAGUGGGAGAGGGGGAGUGGAAGGUCAUAGACAAACGUCUGGUUGUCUCUAAGAGCGACACUGGCAAUUCAAACAGCGGUUCCAAGUACUUCUGCAAGAUGAAGAACUCUGCUGGGGAAGGGGAAGUCAGCGAGCCAGUUGGACAGGUGUUUGGCCCAGAGCCUUCUGAAGAAAGUGUUGCUGGUGGUGUUGCUGGUGUUGUCGUCGUCAUAUUAGUACUUGUCGCCAUCAUAAUAGUUUGGUUGGUGUGGAAGAAAAAAAACGGAUAUCCCGAAUACACCUGGAUCGACUUUUUGACCAAGUUUUGUGGUGGAGUGUUUGGGGAUGCAGUCAACAAACAGAAUUAUAUUGCCCCGGAUACUGUUUAUCACACUGUUGGGGAUGAUCAGGUUGCCAACCGUGGAGUUUCAGGAGUUCUCUCUGGGGUUGCCAUGGAUACAGUUUAUGGCACUGUAGGGGAGAAGACACCUAGAGAUUACUCCAUGAAUCAGAAUGAUAACAAUCAGCCCACUAACACAGCUAAUCCUAGUGAUGGAAACAACCAAACCACAGGCAGUGAUAUAGUCCAGCCAGAACAAGAGGUUACGGUUCCGCUAACGGACAUCAACAUAACAGGGAAAGAGGACGCAGACAAUGCUGGAAAGGGGCAGGAGAAUGGAGGCAGUGAUAUAGUCCAGCCAGAACAAGGGGUUAAGGUUCCACAAACGGCCAUCCCCAAAACAGGGGAAGACGACGUAGACAAAGCUGGAAAGGGGCAGGAGAAGGGAGCAGAUGAACCCAGUGGAUCCAACAGUCCUAAAGAUGAGUCAAAGCCUGAGGAACACACCAUUGAUGAGUAUAAAGACAGUAAAGAAUCCAGUGUUUCAGGAUGGUGGUGGUCUUCCUGGUGGUGAACUGGGGACCACAAAAAUGGGGUUUGAAGGCUCUCAGUACAUGCCUCCAUGUCUGUUACAUUGAGACAAACGACCAAGAAGAGAGAAACUGUUGGAGAUGUUUUUAAUGUACUAUACAUUUAAAAUGGAAAAUAGGCAAAUAUUGCACAUAGUAACAUGCAUUCAAUCAGAUGAAGUACAGUGAGCUACAAAGUAUUGGCACAGAGACAUCUUUUGUUAUUUUGGCUCUGUACUCCAGCACUUUGGAUUUGAAAUUAGAUAAUGACUAUAAGGUUAAAGUGUAGACUGUCAGCUUUAACCCGAUAUGGAUGAGAAUACCCUCAAAUUAAAGCUGACAGUCAGUCUGCACUUUAACCUCAUAGUCAUUGUGUCAUUUAAAAUCCAAAGUGCUGGAGUACAAAGCCAAAACAACCAAAACGCGUGUGACUGUCCCAACAAUUUUGGAGCUCACUGUAUAAUGUGAUGAGCCGUGUGCUUUAUGAACUUACAGUACUUCAGACAUUUGAGGCCAAUAUUUUUAUCUCAGAACAUUUGGUGAUUGACAAAAACAAGAGAUUCUUACCCUUUCUCACAAUUCAUACCUCGUCUUUACAAAUCUCCAUCAAUUUGUGCAGGUUGUUUUUGUUGUUUGAAGCCAUAGUAUCAAUCACUUUGUGGUUGUAUGAUACCUUUUCAGGUAUUUUCCCCAGAGCGCUUUAUGCCAACCCACUCCACUUUCUGUUUUAAAUGUUUUAUUACUAAAAGAGAGUCCUCUGCAGUACUGAGAUGUUGUAUUACUAACAACAAUGGUGCAUGUGUAUUUGUUUUAAUAACUUAAUGUUUUAAUUUGACAAACACAGUGGUUGUCUUCAUCAAAUUCCUUCAAAUGUUAAUUAAUCACCAAGAUGGCAUAGCAGUGCGGUCGCUUUUAUUUCAACGUCCUGUGUAAAUAUCCCGUU